GUGAUCGAUUGGUUGGGUCUGAAACAGCAGCGCAGGAGGAAGCACAGUUCAGUUAAAGCUAGCAGCAGCUUCUCAGAGGAAUCAGUGCCACCUUGAGGCUGCUGGUCAUGGGGUUGACCAAGCAGUACCUGCGCUACGUUGCCAGUGCAGUUUUUGGAGUAAUCGGAAGCCAGAAAGCCAAUAUCGCAUACGUGACUCUCCGGGGGGGAGAGAAGGGGCGCUAUGUUGCUGUGGCUGCAUGCGAACAUGUCUUCAUCUGGGAUGUACGAAAAGGAGAGAAGGUCCUGAUCCUGCAGGGCCAGAAACACGAGGUGACCUUCCUCUGCCCCUCACCUGAUGGCAUCCAUAUCGCUGUUGGUUACGAGGAUGGUGCUGUGCGAAUCUUCAGCCUGCUGAAUGGCGAGAGCAACGUCUCCUUCAACGGCCACAAGUCUGCCGUCACCGUUAUACACUAUGACGGACUGGGAGCACGGCUCGUCACUGGUUCCAAGGACACAGAUGUGAUUGUGUGGGACAUCAUCAAUGAAUGUGGUCUGUACAGGCUGAGAGGCCAUAAAGACGUCAUCACACAGGCUUUGUUUCUGAAAGACAAGAACCUCCUGGUGACCAGCUCCAAGGACAGCUUUGUGAAGUGGUGGGAUCUGGACACACAGCACUGCUUCAAGACCAUGGUGGGCCACCGCAGUGAGGUGUGGGGCAUGGUGCUACUGAACCAGCAGAACAGGCUGUUAACAGGCUCAGCAGACAGUGAACUUCGAGCCUGGGACAUCAACUACCUGCAGGAGGAAAAAGCUGAGGGUGAGCCCAAGGUGAAGAAGGGGAAAACUCUGCUGGAUGAUGACAAUGAUGAAGACAAUGAGGAAGGAGUGGAUGAAAGUCUUGAAGAGCGGAUCUUGAGUUGUAAGAAAGCAGGCUCCAUCCUGAGAGAGGCCAGGGACAGAGUCGUCUCGCUGACAGCAGACGCGAAGGCCAGAGUCAUCGCCUGCCAUGGCAAUGAUUCAGUCCUGGAGCUUUUCACCGUGUUGUCAGAGGAGGAAGUGCAGAAGAAAAUGACAAAGAAGCUGAAGAAAGCAAAAAAGAAGGCAGCCAAAGCUCAAGAAGAUGCAGGAGAGGAAGCAGCAGAGCCGAUGGUGGAGAGGAUGCUGAAAGAUGAGAUCAUCAGACUGACGAACCUCAAAGCCUCUGCCAAGAUCAGAUGGGUGGACUGCCUGUCAUGUGCGGGCGGUGAGCUGAAGGUGGCACUGCUGCUGCAGAACAACACUGUUGAAACCUACAGCCUGAGGACAUCAGACAAGACCCCCACAGCCAACAAGACAGCUCGUCUCACACUCGGUGGCCACCGCACUGACGUGCGCACCCUGGCCUUCAGCUCUGACAACCUGGCCAUCCUGUCCGCCUCCGGAGACACAGUCAAAGUGUGGAACAGGUCUACUCUGCAGGUGAUUCGCACCAUGUCCUGUGAAUAUGCCCUCUGUUCCCUCUUUGUGCCUGGAGACAGACAGAUCAUCCUGGGGACUAAGAGUGGAAAACUGCAGAUCUUUGAGUUGGCCUCAGGAAGCCUUCUGGAGACUGUAGAUGCCCACGAUGGAGCCCUGUGGUCCCUGUGCCUGGCCCCAGACCAGAGGGGGAUUGUGACAGGAAGUGCAGACAAGACAGUGAAGUUUUGGGAGUUUGAGCUGAUCAAGGACCAGGGGACUGGCCAGAAGAGGCUGACAGUGAAACACACACGCACUCUGCAGCUGGAGGAAGACGUUCUGUGUGUGAAGUUUUCUCCUGAUCACAGACUGUUGGCUGUCUCUUUGUUAGACUGCACUGUCAAGAUCUUCUACACAGACACAUUGAAGUUCUUCUUGUCUCUGUACGGACACAAGCUGCCUGUUCUUUGUCUGGACAUCUCACACGAUAACACACUUAUUGCCACUGGCUCCGCUGACAGAAAUGUGAAGAUCUGGGGUUUGGACUUUGGCGAUUGUCACCGCUCCAUGUUUGCUCAUGAUGACAGCAUCAUGUUCCUCCAGUUUGUCCCCAAGACUCACCUCUUCUUCACAGCGGGGAAGGACAAGAAGAUCAAACAGUGGGACGCAGACAAGUUUGAGCACAUCCAGACGCUAGAGGGCCACCAUCGGGAGGUCUGGUGUCUGACCAUCAGCCCCAGCGGCGACCACAUUGUGUCGUCAUCCCACGACAAGUCCCUGCGCCUGUGGGAAAGAACCAGAGAACCCAUCAUCCUGGAGGAGGAACGGGAGAUGGAGCGAGAGGCAGAGUUUGAGGAGAGCAUGGCCAAAGGAGACGUGCCUGUGGUACCCGGAGAGACUCAAGGAGAGGCAGCACCAGCUGGCAAGAAGACUGUCGAGACAGUCAAAGCUGCAGAGCGAAUAAUGGAGGCUUUGGAACUUUACAAAGAGGAAAUCAGGAAGAUGGAAGAGCAUAAAUAUGCUUGUGAGCACGCAGGAAAAGAGCUUCCUCCACCGAAACCCAAUCCUAUCCUUGUGGCUUUUGGAAACUUUCAGCCGUCCCGCUACGUCUUAGAUGUUAUAAGGAAGGUCAGAUCCAGCGAGCUGGAGGUUUCCCUGCUGGUGUUACCGUUCCCUUACGUCCCUGAGCUGCUGAAGCUCUUCAACAGCUACAUCCAGCAGGGCCUGGAGGUGGAGCUGGUCUGCCGCUGCCUUUUCUUCCUGCUCAAGAUCCAUUUUGGCCAGAUCUCCAGUAACCAGAUGUUGCUGUCUGUCAUCGAUGAGCUUCGGGUGAAUACUCUCUCAAAAGUGCGCGAAAUCAGAGACGUGAUGGGCUUCAACAGCGCGGCCCUCCAGUUCCUCCAGCGGGAGAUUGAGAGCAAAGAGGACGUGAUGUUCUUUGCUGAAGCCACAGGCCGGCUGGUGGAGAAGAAGAGGAAGAGGAGGAAGAGGGAGCGAGCCAUCCUCACCAUCGCUUGAAUCAUAAUGGACAUUCUUGACUGUCUCUGUAUAAACAUCCACUCCCAUCUCCAGGGGUGAAUCAGGAGGAUUACACAGUUUUUUGUAUGUUGUGAAACACGGUAUUAUUCAGUGACGCACCUCAUUUCCAAAAUAAAAUGUGUCUUUUUUUUCUCACAGUACUAAAUUCUCCCAUGUCAGAGAGAAAUGUAAUGUGUAUACACAGCAGUUCCCUCUGCCGCUUUACAUCUCUAUAUAAAAUACAUCCACAUAC